AGGGUGUACAAAAAAAAAAAAAAAAUACAUGUUAGCUACCUUAAUACUAUUGGAAGUUUUUGUAUCUCUGAAGUGAGACGUAAAAUUCAAUUCACGCAAAUCUGGCCUUGAUCUAGCACCAGGAAAGGACUCCCCGCCCCAGCAAAACAAACAACAACAAAAAAACCAGGACACAGCAACAGGACCUAACGGAUACAUGACCUAACAGAUCUUUUAAAAAGUCAGUCAAGACCAACAGGUGCUGAGAAAGAUGGGGUCAAUGAGCUCAAUCCCAAAAUGAGGUUUCUCGUCUAUUUUAAGAGCUAUCCCAAACUUCCUUAGACAAAAAUUUAGCCUUUUAAGGAAGGUGCAGAGAACAUGCCUCCGUGGGCUUCCUUUAAGGGAAGGCUUUAGUAGGUGCUGCAUUUCACCCAGCGGGUGGCUGCAUGAAUUUGUGAACUGAGGUGUCAACACUGACUCUCUCCGGAAGAAAAGAUGCUAUCUCUUCACCGGCAGUUUAAUUACCAUGGCACUACUUGAAACAAGAAACCCAACAGCGGCCACACCGCCACCACUAGCCCAGCCCACCUCGGCCGAAUAUCGACAUUAAAGAAAACAAGGACUAUUUUUUCCUGGGGCACAUUUUUCUACUCUCUUAAAUGCCUGCUGCACAAAUUCUGGGAGGAAUUACAGGCAAGAGGGCCGUUGCGCUAUUAGCGAGUGCGGAGGGAGGGAGGGGCGGGGUACAUGAGCAGUAACUUAUAUUCAGGUAUUAGAAAAAUUAUGGCUAGGGGAGCAGGAAUGUAGCACUACCUUUAGCAUCAUCUAAAGGUAGGGAGAUCUAUGGGUACCGACGCGUUCCAAUCUUCCACUCUGACAGAUGCAAAUCACAUCGCCCGCCCCCCGCCUCGCUACUCAGGCGAUAGCAGGGUAAGAGAAACAUCAUGGGAAGAAUCUUGAGGUGAGUGAGAACAGGAGGUCUGCCUAGGGCUCUCGUGUGGAAGGGAUCACUGAGGAUCAGGUCUACCCAAAGCGUCAGCAAAGGUGGAAGAAUGAAAGGUCACUGUAGGACGGUAAGCCCCGAAGUUUGGGGUCGAGGCGGCGGGCUGUCCCCCGGUCCCCUUGGGAUCUGCCCUGCACACAGCCUUCCGCAGUUUGUCGGUCUGCAUCUUGCCUGUACAUUUUCAGACUAGAAACUGUCUUGCUGGCGUUUUCACAGCGCUUAGCUCAGAGCCAGCGGCGGAGUCGGCUCUGGGUCGCCGGCGAGCAAAAAGCAGCUUCGAGAUUUGGGGCGGAGAGGCAACGGUUUUCUUGUUCGUAGGGCUGGCGUUCCGGUGUGGCCGCAACUAGUGGUCAGCACAGUGUUCCAUGGCCUCUUGUCCUCUUCCUCAUGUGAUGUCGCCGAGCCCCGCAGGACCAAUCUGGGGCAAAACGGUUCAGCAGCGUCCUUCAGGUGUCAGCCUUGAUGCGUUUGGAAACCACAACCCCCAGCGUCCCCUGUGCCAGAAGGCCAGGCCACAAAUAAGACGGCUCCAGAAGGGUGGAACAUGCAGUAGGGGUCAAAACUAGUCUCUGGCAUUUUCUUUACCGGAUGUGUGUUAAUAACCGAAUCCCCACAUGUGCACCGCCCAACUAACCACCUUCCAGGCCGCUGAGGCCACGGCUGACGCCGCGCCCGCUCCUCCAGGAGCAUCCUGGGAGUUGUAGUCCAGUCACCUGGCUGUGCUGAACUACCUUUCCCAGGAUGCCCUUCGCCCGGGCGAUAGCAACGUUCUUUUUCCAGGCUCUCUGUACUGAGUCCCCUACCUCCCAAACCCCCUUUCUCUGUUUUCUUCUCGCCAUCAGCUCCUUCCCGUUCGCUGCUUCAGAGUAGCAGUAGCAGUAGCAGUAGCGGGAGCGGCCCCGGGGUCGGGCCGCACCGCCCCAAGAGGCACUUCCGGCGACGGUUCACUUCCUGGUUGGGUGGAUGGAGCCGGGCGGGAGCGCGCGCGGGGGAGGGGCGGCGGGUCAGUCUCCGCCGGGCGCACGGGGGAUCAGCUGGCUGGCGGGCGCCGAUUGCGGCCCCGGCUCAGGCUGCAGCGCCGCCUCCUCUCCGCGUCGCAGGCCGGCUCGGCGGCCGUGACAAUGUUGCGGGCCUGGUAGCUGGGCGCCGGCCGCUGAGCAGUCUCAAGUUUAAACUUACACGGAUCGCUCUCUGGAGGAGGAGGGGACCCGCCGCGCGAUUGACACGCAUAUUCCUAUAGGCAUCCUCCUCCCUCAGCCCCCACCCCCACGGCCGGAUUCGGGUGGCUCCUCUGCGAGCUGAAAUCCGAGAAGAAAUCUUUAGAUCUAUUUUCUUAAAAAAAGAAAAAAAGAAUCUAGAAAUCAUCUGCCCUUUGCUUUGCUGCUUCUUAUUUGCAAGAUGAAGAAGUUUUUCGACUCCCGGAGAGAGCAGGGCGGCUCUGGCCUGGGCUCCGGCUCCAGCGGAGGAGGGGGCAGCACCUCCGGCCUGGGCAGCGGCUACAUCGGAAGGGUCUUUGGCAUCGGGCGACAGCAGGUCACUGUGGACGAGGUGUUGGCAGAAGGUGGAUUUGCUAUAGUGUUUCUGGUGAGGACAAGCAAUGGGAUGAAAUGUGCCUUGAAACGCAUGUUUGUCAACAAUGAGCAUGAUCUCCAGGUGUGCAAGAGGGAAAUCCAGAUCAUGAGGGACCUGUCAGGGCACAAGAAUAUUGUGGGUUACAUUGACUCUAGCAUCAACAGUGUGAGCAGCGGUGACGUAUGGGAGGUUCUCAUUCUGAUGGAUUUCUGUAGGGGAGGCCAGGUGGUAAAUCUGAUGAACCAGCGCCUACAAACAGGCUUUACAGAGAAUGAAGUGCUGCAGAUAUUCUGUGAUACCUGUGAAGCUGUCGCCCGCCUGCAUCAGUGCAAAACUCCGAUUAUCCACCGUGACCUGAAGGUUGAAAAUAUCCUCUUGCAUGACCGAGGCCACUAUGUCCUGUGUGACUUUGGAAGUGCCACCAACAAAUUCCAGAAUCCACAAGUCGAGGGAGUCAAUGCGGUAGAAGAUGAGAUUAAGAAAUAUACAACGCUAUCCUAUCGAGCACCAGAAAUGGUCAACUUGUACAGUGGCAAAAUCAUCACUACGAAGGCAGAUAUUUGGGCUCUUGGAUGUUUGUUAUAUAAAUUAUGUUACUUCACUCUGCCAUUCGGAGAGAGUCAGGUGGCAAUUUGUGAUGGGAACUUCACAAUUCCUGAUAACUCCCGAUAUUCUCAAGACAUGCACUGCCUUAUUAGGUAUAUGUUGGAACCAGAUCCUGACAAAAGGCCGGAUAUUUACCAGGUCUCCUACUUCUCAUUUAAACUACUCAAGAAAGAAUGCCCAAUUCCAAAUGUACAGAACUCUCCCAUUCCUGCAAAGCUUCCUGAACCAGUGAAAGCCAGUGAGGCAGCUGCAAAAAAGACCCAGCCAAAGGCCAGACUGACAGAUCCCAUUCCUACCACAGAGACUUCAAUUGCACCCCGCCAGCGGCCUAAAGCUGGGCAGACUCAGCCAAACCCAGGAAUCCUUCCCAUUCAGCCAGCCCUCACACCUCGAAAGAGGGCCACGGUUCAGCCUCUACCUCAGGCUGCAGGACCCAGCAAUCAGCCUGGCCUUUUGGCCAGUGUUCCCCAACCAAAAGCCCAACCCCCACCCAACCAGCCUCUGGCACAAUCUCAGCCCAAGCAGCCACAGGCUCCACCCAUCCCACAGCCCACACCUUCCACCCAGGCCCAGGCCACACCCCAGCACCAGCAGCAGCAGCUCUUCCUCAAGCAGCAACAGCAGCAGCAACAGCAGCAACCACAGCAGCAGCCACCACAGCAGCCACCACAGCAACCGGCAGGCACAUUUUACCAGCAGCAGCCGCAGCAGCCGCAGCAGGCCCAGACUCAGCAGUUUCAGGCAGUACAUCCACCAAGCCAGCAAGCAGCGAUUUCUCAGUUCCCUGUGGUGUCCCAGGGAGGCUCUCAGCAGCAGCUGAUACAGAACUUCUACCAGCAGCAGCAGCAGCAGCAGCAACAGCAGCAGCAGCUGGCCACACCCCUGCACCAACAACAGCUGAUGACUCAGCAGGCUGCCCUGCAGCCCAAGACCGCGGUGGUGGUGCCGCAGCCCCAGGCACAGCCGACCGCAGCCCCGCAGCCAACCCCUGCCCAGGAGCCUGCGCAGAUUCAAGCCCCAGUAAGACAACAGCCAAAGGUUCAGACAACUCCACCUCCUACCAUCCAGGGGCAGAAAGUUGGAUCUCUCACUCCUCCAUCAUCCCCCAAAACUCAACGUGCAGGGCACAGGAGAAUUCUCAGUGAUGUAACGCACAGCGCAGUCUUUGGGGUCCCUGCCAGCAAAUCGACCCAGCUGCUCCAGGCAGCUGCAGCUGAGGCCAGUCUGAAUAAGUCCAAGGGUGGGAACCUACCUAGGUCUGCAACCACCACUCCAUCAGGCUCUCCUCGGACCUCCCAACAAAACGUCUGUAAUCCUUCAGAAGGUCCUACAUGGAACCCCUUUGAUGACGACAAUUUCUCCAAACUCACAGCUGAAGAACUGCUAAACAAGGACUUUGCCAAGCUAGGGGAAGGCAAACAUCCGGACAAGCUCGGCGGCUCAGCAGAGAGUUUGAUCCCAGGUUUCCUGUCGACCCAGGGUGAUGCUUUUGCCACUUCCUCAUUUUCUGCUGGAACUGCUGAAAAAAGGAAGGGUGGGCAGACUGUGGAUUCUGGCGUCCCACUUCUAAGUGUGUCUGAUCCUUUCAUUCCUCUUCAGGUACCUGAUGCACCAGAAAAACUAAUUGAGGGACUCAAAUCUCCUGAUACUUCUCUUCUGCUCCCUGACCUCUUGCCUAUGACAGAUCCUUUUGGUAGCACUUCCGAUGCUGUGAUUGAAAAAGCUGAUGUUGCUGUUGAGAGUCUCAUACCAGGACUGGAGCCCCCAGUCGCCCAGCGCCUCCCAUCUCAGACGGAGUCUGUGACCUCGAACCGCACAGAUUCUCUCACUGGGGAAGAUUCCCUGCUUGACUGCUCUCUGCUUUCUAACCCUACUGCUGACCUUCUGGAAGAGUUUGCCCCCUUAGCAAUCUCUGCUCCGGCCCAUAAAGCUGCAGAAGAUAGUAAUCUCAUCUCAGGUUUCGAUGUCCCUGAGGGCUCGGAAAAGGUGACAGAAGAUGAAUUUGACCCUAUUCCUGUAUUGAUAACCAAAAAUCCACCAGGUCUCCAGAGAGAGCCCGAUCCCUGUCCUGUAGUCACUGUAGAGCACUUUAAAGAAUCAGCGGGCGUGAAAGGCCUUCCCCUGUAUCCAGACCCCUCCAGAAUACCUGCCGCAAAGACUCAGAACAACUUAGAAUCUGACUACUUGGCCAGAGAUGGCCCUUCAAGCAACAGUUCUUUCCACAGCAGCGAAGAGGAAGGGACUGACCUGGAGGGAGACAUGCUAGACUGCAGCGGGUCUCGACCUCUCCUUCUGGAGUCCGAAGAAGAGGACGAGAACUGCAGACCUCCCCAGGGGAAGCUGGGAGGAGCUGGCCCAUUUGCCCAGCCCGAAGUCUGUACUGAGCAAGCAAAGGCAGUGCACGGUGAAAGAAAUAGCCAGCUCCAGUCCCUCCCACAGCCAGCCACUGACGGUCGUGGUGAGCCAGAUGUUUUUGCCACAGCUCCCUUCAGGAGCUCGAGGGCUCCAACUGAUGACAUGGACAUUUUCUCCAAAGCCCCAUUUGUCUCCAAGGGCAGUGUGACCCCCUCCCAGCCAGAGGAGGUGGAUGUGUUCUUGAGAGCUCCUUUUACCAAGAAGAAAAGCAUGGAGGAGUUGCCAGUUGCCCAGAGCUCCUCCCAGGAGCUGCCUGCACAGGCCAGUCUCCUCAGUCAGGCAGGUGAUGUCCCACUGUUCUCAGGCCGUGAGAGAGCGGGGUAUUCCUCUGUCCAAGCUCAGUAUUCCAUGGCUGGUUUUGUGCAACAAUCUAACCUCCCCUCCCAUUCUCUGCAAGCAGCAGACCAUCUUGACAGCGUCUCUCCCAUGGGAUCCUCCCUGGAACCUGGAGGCCAUUCUAAUGACAGAAACAAAGGACCUCAGCCCCAGAAAGAAGCCGUUUCAGGACCAGUGGCUGGCAAACCAUUCCGCCCCCAGUCGUUAUCCAAAUACUCACGUCACUAUAGCCCAGAAGAUGAGCCAAGUCCAGAAGUCCAGCCCAUUGCUGCCUACAAAAUUGUUUCACAGACCAAUAAGCAGUCAAUAGCUGGCUCUGUUUCCAUUACAUCCCUUUCCUCCAGGACUACGGAGUUGCCAGCUACCGAUCCUUUUGCUUUAGCACCAUUUCCUUCCAAAGCAGGCAAGCAGAAACCGUAGGAGCAGUACCUGAGCCUUAGGCCUCUCUCUCUACCCACCCCUGCAAUAUCUGCCACACCACUCCUUCCUGAGCCUUCCCAAGGAGAAAUAUUAUCCAUUAUUAUCUUUCAAUCCUUUAAGUUAACAGACUCAGUUACAGCGAUACUGAGAUGAAGCUCCUUUAAGUUAUGCCUAUUUCUUUUGUUUCUGUUGAGUUCUGGACUUUCAGGCACUUCUGUUCCCUUCACAGAGGCCUCCCACCUUCACCAAAAACUGUGUUGUUGUUUUUUUUUAAACCCAGAAACUGUUCUAAUCUAGGAAUAUUUUACCCAAUCCCCAGGGGCCAAAACUCUUGAUAGUUUUUAUUCCUGCAGCUCCCGCUGAGUCAUGUUCAUUGAAGAGUCAAGAUGAAUUUCUCCAGGACUUGAUUUAAAACUCUUGAAAAGAGAUUUCUAGGAAGAAGAAUAUAAAAGUCUUGUGCUUCAAGAGAAAGUAUAAUCCUGCAACUACUAAUCAUUUCCUGUAGAACCAGCAGCUCUUGAAGGAUUUUGUGGAUCUGAGUCUGUGCAAGCCAGGCUGGGCCUUGUGCAUAAAUGUCUGUGGGUGUGUGAUGUGCGUCAGAGCCUAUCCUAGGUAAAAAUGUGCACAUACGGGAGAGCUGUGCGCAUGUCCAGUCAUCUGGGCAGGGCCUUCCCCACAUUCACACUUUUUAAAGUAUGGAUGUAUAGGCUUUGUGUGUGUGUGUGUGUGUGUGUGUGUGUGUGUGUGUGUGUGUAUGCACAAGAAGCAUUUUCCUUUGGGUAAACCCUAUCCCACCACACCUACCUCCACAGUUGAAUCAGUCAUUUACUGGCAUUUGCCUGCUGACCUCACUGACUUGAACCUUUUUUUUUUUUAGUUUUAUUCUAAUGACAAAAUUGAAUUCAUUGGAAGGUGUAGGGAAAUCUUGCUGGAGCUGAGCUUUCAGAGCAGAUUUCUUCUCCAGAGUCUGCUCCUUAUCAUUAGCAGAUUCUGUUUACUAGGCUAUGGAUAUAGCUCAGAGGUAGAGCACUUGCCUAGCAUACCCAAGGCCCAGGAUUCGAUCCCUAGUGUGGGGGGGGAAAGGUACAAAUUGUAUUUGCCUGGUUGUGGAAAAUUGUCCUUCUGUGUUUUCCCCUCAAAACAGUAGAAAGGAGUACCUUAUAGCUCUAGCUGAUAGGUAUCUAGACUCAAUGCAGUCAUUAUAGAAUUCAUUAAUCAUGAGGGUAGGCCACAGAUUAGAUUUGCUUGUUUUAUUUUGUUUUUGUCCUUUGUCCUUGCUGUCUUUCUCUGCUGCCUGUUGAGGAAAUAUAGACCUAAGACACUAAAUAAAUUUGUCUGGAAGAAUAGAAAACAGCUGAAUCCGUUAGUGAUUUAUAACUUUACAUCCUGUAUGCUCUUUAGAUGUUAAAGUAGGGCAGACAGGUGACUGGCUUAUGUUUUUGAAAGUGUCUUUUAUUUCUGGAAGAUCUGACUCAUUCCUAGCUUUUUUCAUACCCUUUAUUUUUAGUGCCCUAAAAUCAAACCUGCAUGCCGAUGGGAAGAUUUCUGCUGAGGAAGUUCAAUUUAACGGAAAGAGUCGCUGCAUCAAGUUUCAACCUGAGAGCUUCCUGUGACUUCUAGGAAAUGUUAGCGAUCUCUCCAUUCACAGGAGAAGUUCAGAGAGUUGGGUACCAAGACAGAUUAGUGAUUUAAGAAUUAUUGAAAAUUCAUCCCAAAAGCCUAAAUGCCAAGCUCUACUAUAAUUGAUUGGGUGUUAUUUUGGAGGUGGGGAGCUCAGUGGUAGAACAUAUGCUUAGCAUACACAAAGCCCAAUGUUUGAUCAAAAGAACCAAAAAAUAAAAUUCAGGGAUCAUGACAGUAAAAUAAGAAUAAUACUUCUCUUUUUUUUUUUU